UGACAAGAAACAAUGUGACAAACUGGAGCUGUACUGCACUACUCGAACAACACUCCUAAAAAAGUCCAUACAGAACAACUUACCUGAUAUGUGAUGCCUUAUGCUGCCACACCUUGCCACAGGAAUGCUCAGCCUUCUCAGGAAGAUUAUAGCACAGAACAACUGGUCACGAUAAAAACCUGUUUUCCUUCAUUGUUAAAACACUGCUGUUAUGGCUGGCAAAGUAAUAUUAACCCUUCCCAAGGCUGGAGGGGGUGGAAUUCCACUGGAGAGUGAAUUCAGGGACUCACUCUCAUUUCUAGAUGUCUUGAGUGCAAAUGAGUUUGAAGGAGAGCAAAUCGACCCAGCAGUUGCAUUGCAGACGGAGUCUGAUUUUUACAAGGGAACCCCACCCAAAUGGAUGAACUUUUACCUGGCUGAUGAGAAGGCAGACUCUGAUAGCAGUGCCACACAUACAGAAAAAGGAAAGGCUGUUGGUAUUAUCAAGAGGGAAGGCUAUGAGGAACUUAGGGAGCAGAUUAUGGUACAUCGACAGAGCCACUGGAGCACAAACACCAUUAAUCUUCAGCAUGAGACAGGCAGUGGGGGGACCACCCUGGCCAUGCAGGUACUCUGGGACCUCAGGAAACAGCUCAGGUGUACUGUUCUGGUCAACCCUUCAACUGACAAGACGUUUAAUGCCAAACAAGCACAGAAAGACCUCAGUUUAGAUACUAAGGCAAUUGCCAAACAGGUGAUAAGACUUUUUGAAACAGGUGGUCCAGAAAAACAGAACACUGUGCUCCUCUUGCAGGACAACGAACACCUGAAUAAUUCUCUACAGGACAGCCUCACCAGAGAAAUAAAAGAGCAAAAUAUACAUGCUAAAUUCCCUGUGGUCAUUAUCAUACAUUGCAUGCGCAUGGUCAGCCUUGGUGAAAAUGCUGAUGGGAAGACUAAAGAGGAAGAAAGAAGACACCAAAUCCAUGAAAGGACCAAAACCAAAAAAGAGACCAAGACCAAAAAAGAGACCAAGACCAUAGUCGUCCUCAGAACUCAACUGUCAGACUCCGAGAAAGUCAGCUUUGAAAACAAAGAAGAGGAGCUGCGAAUGUACCAUGGACAGAAACUAAUCAUGUUUUACAGCUUUAAUAUAAUGCAAUCUGACUUCAGUAAAGCAUAUGUGAAAGAAACACUUAGUUCAGAAAAAGGAAUGAAAAUCAUUUCAUUUGUGAAGGCAAACAAAACAUCCCGCAAAACCAAACUUUUUGCGUUUCUUGUGCUGCUAAAUUCCUAUGUUCCUGGCUCCUAUCUGUUGCAGUCACAGUGUGAGUCAUUCCUCGGGCAUCCAGACUCUUUGGAUGUGGGGGUCAUACAGCCUUUCAGCGAUCUCAUGGUGGCAUUCUCUAGGAAGAAGGGAGAGGACAAACAUGUUCACAUGGCACACUCACUCAUAGCUCAUCAAUGUGUUGAGUUAUUGGCCGAGGCUGGUGUGACCAGGAGCGAGACAAUACUGGACUUUCUGAAGUUUGUAGCCAAAGCUCAAAUCCAGCUAUCCUUGUUCCAGUACUUCAAAGACAUGCUAACUAAGAGGGAAACAACCCCAGAGGGACAGGAUAUGUUUUCCAGAUUGAUCCAAGAUAUUGAGGACAAAGAAGGCAUUCACACUUGUUUAACUGUCUUGAAAAAUGCAUCAGAUACAUUCAUGCUUGAUCCGUUUUACCCCCAAGCUCUUGCUCGCUUUUACUACAUCAAAGUGAGGCACUAUGACAAAGCUGAGAAGGAGGCUAUAGAGGCUAAAAGGAGAGAGCCCACCAAUUCAUUUAUUGCCGAUACACUGGGACAAGUCCAUAAGAAUAAUUUGAAGACCAAACAUGUGCAAUCACGUGCAAAGAACACUUUGUUCUAUGCAGAAAAGGCCAUCAAGGCCUUCAAACAGGAGGAAGAGAUGGCUGAAAAAGAUAAGGGAACUGGCAUAGAAGAUUACAGCAUCUUUAACAAUAGGGGGCACUUUGGCUUUUUGCAGGUUGCGAACACUAUUUUUUAUUCCCUUACCAAGAUCACCCAAACAUGGAAAAGUCUCCUCACCCAGGAAAAGCCAGCAGAACAUCUUCCUCAACUAUUUAAAGAUAGAAAACUUGAGAAGUACAAGCCUCUCCUCGCCAGUCUCAGAGAUGAUGUUGAAAGGAAAUGGGAGUUUUUUGAGAGAUACCUCACUUACUCUGAGCCCAGUACCUUAAGGGACCAGCCACCAUACUUUCAUCGAGAUAUCAAUGAUUGCUAUACGAAGUACACGAGUACACCCAGACCGUUCCAUGCACAGAAACCAGGGGGAGUACAGUUUCAGAAACUUCAAGAGAAAAAGGCCUCUACCUUUCCUGGACUGCUCUCCUGUGUCAAUCAAAACACCAGUAAGUCUGAGUUGCAACACGUCACAGAAUUGUGGAGAACUAUCUAUGAUCAAAAAGAAAAACGUGGCAAUGUGAACAUUGUCUGUAAUUACAUCCUGGCCAACAUCAUCCAGACCAACGGGCCAGUGACAUUUCCAGAACCCACAAUUCUACCACAACUAAGAGCCAUUCUUCAGAAGUUCAUGAACGAAGACAAUGGAGAACUCUGGACCCCAGAGUUUUACCUCCUUGUCCUGCUGCUGUUUUGGCCUGAGGAAGCAAGAGAGGAGGAUGGCACCAACGACAUUGACUUCAACAUGUAUGUUGGGCUUAUGAAACGUGCAUAUAACAACAAAUACAAGAAGUAUCUUCGAUCCAGAGAACUUGUGUCCCUGUUCUACCUGGGAAAGGGUGACGGUUUGAGAAGACUUGUUUUCAAAUUUAAAAAAGACAACCAAUGUGAACAGUCUGAGACGGAGGAGAAACCAGGGCAGAGUUUUCAAAACCAACUUCUUCGUGUCAAUGGAGUGGUCAGAGAGAAUAAGGCAUUUGUCCAUAUUGCAGACAAAGAGAUUGAGAUUUGUCCCAAAAAUCAGGCCAGUGUGUGGAAGGAUGGCAACAUCUCAUUUUACCUUGGCUUCAAUAUCAGUGGCCCUGUGGCUUUUGACAUAAAGUACACAUUACACAGAGUAGGAUCCGAAGCAAAUGUUCAGAAACAAUUGGAUGAUACCACUGGAUCAGAGGGAACCAUGAUAGAAGAAUCAAAAACAUUAAAUCAAGGGAUUCCAAUGGGCUGUAAGACUUGUAGACACAUUCAGGACUCCACAAACUGGCUUCAGGUUAGACCAUCAGUCUCCAUGGAAGGCGGAGAGAAAAUGUACAGGCACCCGUCUCCCAAAGGGUGCUAUGAGUGCACAGUGUCUGGACUGCGCUGGGUGUGUGAGAGCAAUGUCAUUCUGAAGUACCACUACAGGAACUGGGAACCCUACAGGCAACAUCUGAAACACAUGCAGUACACACAAGGUGGUCCAUUGCUGGACAUCACUAUGGAGUUUGGUGAACUGGAGGAAGUUCAUCUGCCACACUUCAUCUGUUUAGGGUCCAACCCUUCCCUGGGGAAUAACAUGAAGAUUCUUCAUGUAGAGGAACAUGAAGUGUCUUUCGAGGAAGUGCAUGAGGUCACCCGAUUCCAUGUUAAGCUUCUUCGUCCUAAGUUCUCAGCUCUCUCACUGAGCUAUCCCUUUUUUUGGGAUGUAGAAGUACACUGUAAUGUGGUACUCUAUCUGUCAGUGACAGAGGAAACACUAAUUUCACGGCUGUACCUGCUCCUGAGGAACUCCAGUCAACAAGAUGCUGUGCAGAAACAGGAGGAAGAUCAGACGGCCAAAGGAUAUUCCAGAUUUCUCCUAUCAAGUCCAAAUGGCCCCCUAAAGCUGAAUAGUUAUUUUGUGCUCCAAAAUCCCCAUGCCAGACCUAUCAAACCAGAGAAGAUUCAGCUGUUACCUGAAGGCAACGAACCAAGCCAUUUUAAGAUGGUUAUGGAUAAUACAGGGAUUGACAUUCAGAUGGAGUUAAUCGGAGAUGAUGGAAAUACAGUAUGGGAUGAUAUACUAUGGAAAGCGGAAUACAGCGAUGACACUCGUUCAAUGUCAUUAACAUCAGCUGUGACGUUUCUAAAGAACCACAGAGCUGGAAUCAUUCAGAGGGCCACAAAUGCUAUGCCAAUAGCAGAUUAUCUGCUUACAAAAGGCAUGAUUAGUGACGAAGAUUACGCGAAAAUAGAAUUUGAAAACACUGUUCAGGACAAAUUUAGGAAACUACUGAAAUGUGCGAUUAAAGAACCAAAGGUGGCGUCUGGUUUCCUCAAAGUCUUCAAGGAACAGAGUCCCCAUCUCUUUGAGGACUUGCAAAAACCUGGAACCUAAUCCAAAAAUGCUGACGUCUGUGUCAUAGUGGUUAAAUAUACUUCACUAGAUCAACUCAGUAAGGAAAUAUUGAAGCUGACCAAAUAAAGCCACUGAUGAUAACUUGGCCAAGGACCUUCAUCAAUUAAUUUAUGGUUUUGAUUAAAUAAAUAAUAAAACGCCUCUGGAUAAACUGAUAUAAAAAUUGUAAUUACACAGGCAUAACCUCACAGCCCAGUCAUCACCUCUCCAGCGUCUCUGUAUUGUCCUGGACCACUGAGUCAUAUAAUGUUCUUAGGAAUGGAUGAGCAGCUGUCGUUCACAGGGUCAUAUUCAUACCAGAGCCUGGUACAGAAGCUCUGAUUAGAAACCAUGUCAAAAAUGGACUGUAACUGAAAAGAAAAUGUGUUUUAUUGAUACUGUGUUGUUGUCCUGAAUUGAUGGUCUUAUAUUAUAAACAUUGCUUUUAUUUGUAUUUUUAGUGUUUGAUGUUUUGUAUUUGAAGUAGUGUAUUCAUCGGACCCUGUCAAUCAAUCAAAUGGUGUACCAUAUAUUUAUGAAGUAGAUUUUUGUUGAUAAAGUACAUUUUUUAAUGUUAAUUAUGUUUUUAAUGUUAUGUAUUUUAUUUUCUAUAACGCUGUAAUGGAUCUGCUGUGAUGGAUUUAUGAUUUAUACUUUUCAAAGACUCUAGAUGUUGUUAGGGUUUGGCCCGGGGUAGGCCGUCAUUGUAAAUAAGAAUUUGUUCUUAACUGACUUGCCUAGUUAAAUUAAAUAAAUAAAAGGCAUAUCAAGUAUAUCAUAUAUGUAUUGGAUAACGGCACAAUCAUUUGGGCUUGGGCUUAUUAAAUGUCAAUGUAGGGCUCAUAAAAGGUAUUUAAUAUAUGUCUCAUCAGGCUCCGCAAGCAUCAGAUUAGAAUUUUCAUGCUGAUCAAAGC